AUAUUCAGCAUAGUGUUUAUCUUUCGCAGUAUUCGGAAAUAGUGGCCAGGCCCAUCUCCGUUUUAUACGAUAAAUAUCCCAACGUUAACGGCUAUAGCUAACAACCAAUAACCCCAGGCCAGCCAUCUUAUCCCUCUCCUCCACAGCAACAAUUUUCCCCUCCACCUCAACAGCCGCAGCAGCAGUUCUUCCCUCCACCACCCACCGAAACGCCACCCCCAGCAGCCAACUUUUCCAACGGAUACCCUCCGGAAAAGGAGUCAACCCGGAAUUCCUUCUCUAACGGAAGUGGACCCGGAGCUUAUCCUGUGCAGCAGCAACAAGGUACGGCGCCAUGGAAUGCAAAUGCACCUGCGCAAAUGCCCGGCGGAGCACCGCCUGCCGGACAUUUUGUCGGCGCGACCAGCACCCAGGAUGACGUGGGCACAUUCAAUGGCGGGAGUUAUCGAAUAAGCCACCGAGAUACGAAUACCGUCUUGACAAUUCAACUGGCCAUGGGAUGCCCGCUCAUUGCGAAGCCAGGCGCCAUGAUCGCCAUGUCCCCCACCAUUACUCUCCGCGGCGCCAUUCGUUUCUCAAUGAAGAAGCUCAUUGCAGGCGGCGAACUGGGCACGUCCACCUUUACCGGACCAGGCGAAUUACUUCUUGCGCCGUCUCCGCUCGGCGACAUUACCAACAUUCGACUCAGCGGGAGCGAUACAUGGUCGGUUGGCAAAGAUGCCUUUCUUGCAGCUACCCAGGGGAUAGUUAAAGAUUACAAGAGCCAGGGACUGGGUAAGGCUCUUUUCUCCGGUGAAGGACUGUUCGUCUACAAGAUUUCUGGGACUGGAAUUUUGUGGGUCACGAGUUUCGGAGCAAUUAUUCGAAAGGAUUUGGUCGACGGCGAGAAAUACAUUAUCGACAACGGCCACUUGGUCGCUUGGAACUGCAAAUACGUGCUUGAGCGCGUGGCCUCUGGUGGAAUCAUCUCCGGCAUCACAUCUGGAGAAGGAUUAGUUUGUAAAUUUACCGGCCCAGGGGCAGUCUUUAUGCAGACCCGCAACCCGCAACAAUUCGCCGCAUGGAUGGCUGCACACGCUGCUGUGGCUUAGACACUUGAGGAUUUCUCCUUUUUUUUUUUUCUUUUCCAUUCCUACUUAAUUAGUGUCUGUUAAAUCCUAAAGCGAUAUCAUGUCUGUUACGAUUUACCAUGUUUCUUUAUAAUAUUUCAGAUUAAUUGUCUCAAUCGUUGUCUCUGCUUUCAUGUCAAGAUGAGCAUAAUUAAUGUCAAUAAUACGAAUGAGCACAUGAUUAACGUUGAAUUAGAUUUAAUCUUCUAUGAGUCCCACU